UCUUUUUUAUUCUUCUGGCAAUAUUGAAUGACGCGUACGAAUUUAUAUCAAAAGGGGUUAAUUUCUCAUCUACGCCAUUACAAGUGAAAUAAAGUUACUUAGAUUUGUAUGAAAAGGGAAAUUUAGUCGACAGAUAUUUUUUUCAAAGUUUAUCGAAAAAAUUGUGUUUAACAACAUGGAUAUACACUCCAUUUGUCGUAUAUGCCUGGAAUUUUUACAAAAUGGAAACGCCUACGACUUGUUUAUGAUACCCGGGUUGGCGAAAAAAUUGUGUAUGUGUACCUCGUUGUCAGUGGAACCACAAGAUGGUUUCCCUAAAAACAUCUGUGGGGUAUGCUACACCCGACUUAAUGACAUGGCCGAGUUUCAGAAGUUAUGUGCAGACUCCGUGCAAAAAUUCCAGGACAUGAUUGCUACUAACGCCUUUAAUUGUCCACCUUUGGAUGCUAUUGAUAUGCUAGAAGCACCAGCUGCCAUGCAAUUGGAUCCGGCCGCUGUUAAUGAUCCGGAAGAAGAUCGCUCUGACUUUGACCCUUUGCUCACCAAUCAUAAAAUGGAAUUGAUUGAAAACGAGGAGGAUGUGUUUAAAAUGUUAGAGCAUGUAGAAAAGGAUGUAGAAGAAGUUGAAACCAAGGUUGAAAAAUUGGAUGAAUUUCCUGAAGAAAGUGAAAAAUCUAGCGAGGAAGAGGAGGAAGAGGAUAAAGAAAGUGAUGAAGACUUUCAAGCUCCAGAAGAAGAGAGUGAGAGUGAUGACGAUAAACCGUUGGCAAGACGUUUGCGUAACAUCAAAAAAGAGAUGAGCAACACGGACCCGAAAGUGAAGCCAAAGCGUAAACGUAUACCGGCUGCCGAGCGACAUCUGCACCGCAUAAUUGAAUGCCACAUAUGCCAUCAAAAGUUUAAAAAGACUAGAAAUUACGAGGAACAUAUGAAACAUCACAAUGAUAAAUUGCCAUUCCAGUGCGAAGUGGAAGGCUGCAAACGUGGCUUUACCACUGCCUAUGGUUUGCGUUUACAUGUAGAACAUUGUCAUUCCGAGACUGUAGAGCACUUACCUUGUACUAUUGAGGGAUGUACGCAAACGUUCACUCGGCGCCGUACUCUCAAUUGGCAUUUAAAGAGGGUACAUAAGAUAGCUAAGGAAGAUGUACCCCGUCAUUAUCCUUGUUCAGAGUGCGAGAAAGUAUUCAAGUGCCCAAUGGCUUUGAAAAAGCACAUGUAUAAGCAUGAUGGCAAGGAGCUUCCAUUCCCUUGCAAUAUAUGCGGAAAACGUUUCGUCAUCAAUAGUGCUCUCAAGGAUCAUCUGAUGCGUCACGCAGGCAUAAAAAAUUAUGUAUGCCCAUAUUGCGGUGUAGGCAAAACAACACGUCAGGAAUGGAACACUCAUAUGCAAACUCACAGCCAAGAGAAGAAAUUCAAGUGUCCCCUAUGCCCUCACGCAUCUCACAAUAAGAACAACUUACGUUUACAUGUUCGUGUAGUUCAUGAAAAAAUUAAAGAUUUUGCUUGCCAAUACUGUGGCAAAACCUUUGGCAAAUCGAACGCCUGCAAAAUACACGAAAUGACGCACACAGGUGAAAAACGUUGCGAAUGCAAAGUAUGUGGCAAAGCCUUCUUGUAUCCUAAAGGUUUAACAAAACAUUUAAAGACUCAUGAAAAACGUGUUUUGCGGGCUAUCGAAAUCUAUCGUAAACGUCAAGCUGAAGCUGGUACUUUGCCAAACGAGCAGGCAGGCGCUGAUUUGCCCUCGUUGCCUGAUCCAGCAGACAAUACGCAGGAAUCGCAUCAAAAAGUAGCCGAUGAAAUUCUUAAGGUUUGUGCUGAUUCAGUGAAUGCUAUACCCAAGGAUCCCAGACGUGUGGAACGUGUAGAUAUGGCCGAAUUAGCUGGUACAGCUGUAAAUCCUAUUCCACAAAUAGCUUUGCCCUCAUGGUCCCCACAAAUUAAUUUUAUGAUGAAAGAGGGCAAAUAUACUUGCCCCGAUUGUGGCCAAGGCUUUAAUGGCGCCGGUAAUCUGCGUCGCCACCAUAAGAUCGUACAUCAAGGCGUUAAAGACUUUGCUUGUCGCUUCUGCCACAAACGCUUUGCCAAGGCUCAAACAUUAAAACAUCAUGAAAUGACACAUACUGGUGAAAAGCCGCACGCAUGCAGUUUAUGUGAAAUGCGUUUCAUACAGACAGUAGCUUUGAAACGUCAUAUGAAGGUGCAUCAAAAAUUGCCAAACCUUGUCCCAUCCACUGUUAUUUUGGCCAAGGAGGAAUUAGCAAUGCAAGAAUUUGAAAGUCAAGAAGCCAAGCGCAAGGCCGAGAUAGAACGUGAGGCGGCCGCAGAGGUAGCUCGGCGACAAUUGGAAGCGAUUACUGAACAAGAAGAAGAUCUAAAGCGAAGACAAAAGGAGGCAUUUGAGAAUCUACCCAAGGCCAUCCCUAAAGAACGUUUGCCACCGGGCGCAGAUAUAACGAUUGCAACAAAUUUGUUGCCAACAGAUUUGGAAGAACUUGUUACCAAAAACAUGAAAGCAGAAGACGAUGACGCUAUGCAACGUCAAGAUCCUAUGGCCGGCUAUUAAAGCUUCUGACGAAUUCUUUCGGAAUUAUGAUGCCUGAACGAAGCAAAGCACUAAGCAUCAACAGUUUUUACAUUUAAUUUCAGUGCUUUUUUU